UAAUAUUAAACCAAAAAGACUAAAGUGAUCCAGAAGGUUUAAAAAGCGGACCCGUAUUUUAAAAUUCAUGUAAGAAUUUACAAGCUCUGUUUUGCAGGCCAAGAGUUCAACUACAAUAUCAACACCAGCAAUUGCUACAACGGGCACUAAAAGAACGACACCAGACUCUGAAACAACAGUAACACAAAAAACUUCUACAGUACCAUCAGAAACUACAACAGCGACAUCCGACUCUACAAUAACAGCAGCACCAGAAAUUACUUCCACAGUACCAGCAGAAAGCACAAUAGCGACAUCGGAGUCUACAACAACGGUACCACCAGAAACUACAGCAACGACAUGCACCAACACUGCUGGCGGAGGGUGUAUGUGUCCUGAUGGAGCAACCGAUGCCAACUGUACUCGGUAUUUGAUAGAUUGCAAUGACUAUCAGGGUCAUGAUGGUACUGGGAGAGGCUUGGUCUACAUCAAGCCCGUAGACUGGACGGGCGAACCAUUCCUGGUGGUAUGUUUGGGUGGCAACACUCUGAUUCAGAUGCGAGACAACGUCUCGUCUUGUUACAGUUUUUCCUUCAACCGCUCCUGGUCAGAAUACAGAGAAGGGUUCGGCGACAUCCAGAAUGGCUGUUUCUGGCUGGGCAAUGACAAGAUAGCUGGUAUAACAAAAUCGACACUAUACUACCUGAUUUUAGCAACUGAAAUCGACGAAAAUAUUACAAUAGUGGCGGAGUAUUAUUUCAUGAUGAAAAGUGCUUCGAAUAAUUAUCAACUACGUGCUGUACUCAAACAUAUUUCCCAUUUACACAGUGAUGGUCUAGAUGGUCCAGGAACGAACAUGGAUGUAAACAAUAAAUACUUCUACACGUACGAUAACGACAAGAACGGGUGUGCUGCAGCAGGAGGAGGAGGAUGGUGGUAUGAUACUGGGUGUGCUUACGGAAACCUCAACGGAAAUUGGCCAAGAUGGCCAAUACAGGGAACGUUAAAAACUUUAGACGUAUCUUGGUUAUUGUUACAAAGACAUUAGAUAUUGGUGCAAUACAGAUAUGAAACGCAGCUGCAGGUGCUGGUGAAACCUCAGUUUUAUGAAAUUCACUCACGCACGCAGGCACGCACACACGUAAGACAACCUCUUGUUAGUUUUUCAGUUUCAUGUAGAAAUAUUUCAUUUCACAUGUACUUAUCAUAUAUGCGUGUAAUUAGUUUUUCGAAUUUUAAACAAUAAUUGCAAUUUUAUUUGUAUAGA